UAUAUAAUACUGAGUUAUGAGGCUCUCAACUCAAACUGGUUUGAACCAUCCAGCUAGAACAACCUAUGCUAGAAUUUCGCGAGUUUUUGCCAAAUAGUGAUCGAAAUAAACAUUUUUUAACACGGAAGAACUGAGGUUGAACAACUUACCAGCUAUUUAGUAAAAAUCUGAUAUAGAGGAAAGGUACCAACAACUGUUGAUAAACCGCAAAAAUAAGCUAAACAGAGUCGGUUGUUUCAAACAACUAUCGCGCCGCAUUAUAAUCAUCUAAUAUAGAACAAUAAAACGUGUGUCUGUAAUCGCCCACUAUACGGCUGUGGCCCGACGGAACCCCAAGUAGGUACCGUUCACACAAACAACACAAGAUAACGGGUCCCACCGCACACUCCGCGGUUAACUCAGUCGCACGUCUUUAACCACGAACACAACAUGAUAUUCCUGCUGCUACUGCCUAUUGCACUCGUGCUCUUAUACAAAUACACCACCAGGAACCACGACUACUGGGAGAAACGCAACAUCAAGCACGAGAAACCAAUACCCGUAUUUGGAACGCUAUACGACAAUGUGUUUGCCAAGAAAAGCAUAAUAGAAGUGGCCGCUGAUUUAUACCGCCAGUAUCCCAAUGAGAAAGUUGUGGGCAUGUUCCGGGGAAACACUCCGGAGCUCGUCAUUCGAGACCUGGAAAUAGUAAGGAAGAUCCUGAAUGUAGACUUCGCGUACUUCUACCCAAGAGGAAUCGGCAGAAACCCUAAAUAUGAGCCUCUGUUUAUGAAUCUUUUCCAUGCUGAAGGGGAUUCGUGGAAGUUAUUACGGCAGCGACUAACAUCCACGUUCACGACUGCCAAGCUGAAAAAAAUGUUUCCACUAGUAGUUGGGUGCGCUGAGAAACUGACACACGUCGGAGAAGACAUCGUAAACAAAGGCGGAGACUGUGACGUGCGAGAACUGAUGGCGCGCUUUACCACGGAGUUCAUCGGCGCGUGCGGCUUCGGCAUACAGAUGGACACCAUCAACGACGAACACUCACUCUUCAGAGAUUUGGGCAGAAAAAUGUUCAACAGAUCGACGAAAAUUCAUUUCCUCGUAGCACUAUAUGAUCUAUUUCCUGAGUUUGGGACAUUCUUUCAAAAAACAUUCAAGGAGACAUUCCUACUGGAUUCCAUGACAGAGAUAGUUCAAAAUAUUCGUAAACAACGUAACUUCAAGCCCAUUGGCCGAAAUGACUUCAUUGAUUUACUUUUAGAGCUGGAAGAAAAAGGUAAAAUCACAGGGGAGUCGGUGGAGAAGAGAACUCCGGAUGGAAAGCCAAUGCAAGUAGAAAUGGAAAUGGAUCUGACAUGCAUGGUGGCGCAGGUGUUCGUGUUCUUCGCAGCAGGGUUCGAAACUUCCUCAUCGGCAACGAGUUUCAUGUUACAUCAGUUGGCAUUCCACCCAGAAGAACAAAAGAAAAUUCAGGAAGAUAUCGAUAGGGUGCUUGCAAAGUACAACAACCAACUGUGCUAUGACUCGAUCUCUGAAAUGAAAGCAUUGAGUAACGGGUUCAAGGAGGCCAUGAGAAUGUUCCCCUCUCUCGGCACCUUACACAGAGUAUGUGCAAAGAAGUACAAGAUCGAAGAGUUGGGCAUCACAAUCGACCCAGACGUUAAGAUUAUCAUCCCACUGCAAGGCAUACAAAAUGACGAGAAAUAUUUUGAACAUCCGGAGAAGUUCAUGCCGGAUAGAUUCAACGAUACAUCAGAAGAAAGAAAUAAGUUUGCAUACAUGCCUUUCGGUGAAGGACCUCGGCAGUGUAUCGGUGCUCGACUGGGUGAGAUGCAGUCGCUAGCAGGACUUGCAGCAGUACUGCACAAGUUCAGCGUGGAGCCGACGACGACCACCAAGAGGUACCCAGACAUCAACCACGGCAGCAACAUUGUGCAAUCCAUCGAGGGAGGCCUCCCACUCAAACUGAAACUUAGGAGCAAGGAAAAUAAUGUUGCUGCAUAAGGAAGACUUACUAUAGAUCGCCAUUCAAAUAAAUAUUUUGAAGUUAAAUAAGUACAUAAAUGAAGAUGAUAAUUGAACAGCACCUAAUAUUGAACAAGGUGUUUUUAAUAUUCAAGGUUAUUUAUUAACACCCAGUGAUACCAAAAUAAGCAAUAACAAGUAUGUAGAACAAAAUUGUAUAGUCAUUAAACUUGCUAUGACUAUUGAUUGUAUAGGGUUGAAAAUAAGUAUUACAGAAGUUGGUUCUAUUAUUUUUAUAACUGUAAUUUUAAGCACCUAAAAUAUAUAAGAUAAAAUAUUAUAAAAA